ACCAAAAAGAAAUCAAUGAAAUUUUUAUUCACUUGUGAAACUUUGUAGUGCUACAACAAAUGUGCAGUUCAAAUGCAGCAUAAUCAAAAGUCAAUCAGAAAUAAUGCUAACCAUAUUUAUUGAAUAAAGUGCAAUCAAAAAAACUGAAAGAAAAACAAUAAGCAGACAAAAAACACAACAAUAUAAAAAGUGCUUGCAAUUAAUUACGCUUUAAAUCGAUAAUCAGUGGAGGCUGUAAACACAAGUCCCCCCCGUCCCCCUCUCUCCACUAGGAAAUUCCUUUACAACGCAGCAGUAAGAAGAGAAAGAAGCAAACAUGUCUUAUCGCUUGAAGGCCACCAAAUGUCCGACGGACGAAUUAUCAGUCACGAAUCGCGCCAUUGUCAAUAUCGGUGAUUUCCCCGAUGAUGUGAAGUAUGCUGAUAUUUCUCCUGCUGCGGGUCAGCAUUUUAUUUUUGCACUGGAGAAAACGAACGAGGUGCCCCGCGGUUAUGUGGGCUUCUCUUUGGUGCAACGCAAAUGGGCAAUGCUCUCGAUUAACCAGGAACUCGAGGUGCGACCUUAUCGAUUUGACGCCAACUCCGAUGUCAUAACGUGUGUCUCAUUUGAGACUGACUUUUUGCAAAAGAAGAUGGUGUCGCAGGAGCCUUACGACUCGGAUCAGAUGGCCAAGGAGUUUAUAAUGCAAUUUGCUGGCAUGGCUUUAACGGUCGGCCAAUCGCUCGUCUUCAAUUUCAAGGACAAGAAGCUGCUGGGACUGGCGGUCAAGACGCUGGAGGCCAUGGAUGCGAGGAGCCUUGGCGAGGGCAAGGAGCCAACGAUGAAGAAUGUACGAUUCGGUCGCAUCCUGGGCAACACGAUGGUGCAGUUUGAAAAGGCCGAGAAUAGUUCGCUGAAUCUGCAGGGCAAAUCGAAGGGCAAGGUGGUGCGUCAGUCCAUCAUUAAUCCGGAUUGGGACUUUGGCAAAAUGGGCAUCGGUGGUCUGGACAAAGAGUUCAAUGCGAUCUUUCGUCGUGCGUUCGCAUCGCGCGUUUUUCCGCCGGAGCUUGUCGAGCAGCUGGGUAUUAAGCAUGUGAAGGGAAUCCUACUUUUUGGUCCUCCCGGCACGGGCAAAACAUUGAUGGCCCGCCAAAUUGGCACCAUGUUGAAUGCCCGUGAGCCAAAGAUUGUGAAUGGACCGCAGAUUCUGGACAAAUAUGUGGGUGAAUCGGAGGCAAAUGUGCGACGUCUGUUCGCCGACGCCGAGGAGGAGGAGAAGCGUCUGGGACCAAGUAGUGGACUGCAUAUCAUAAUCUUUGAUGAGAUCGAUGCGAUCUGCAAGCAACGUGGCUCCGUUGCCGGCAACAGUGGCGUCCAUGACACCGUGGUGAAUCAGUUGCUCACUAAAAUCGAUGGCGUUGAUCAGUUGAACAACAUCCUGGUGAUUGGCAUGACCAAUCGUAGGGAUAUGAUUGAUGAUGCCUUGCUGCGUCCCGGUCGUCUCGAGGUCCAAAUGGAGAUCAGUCUGCCCAAUGAGCAGGGACGUGUUCAAAUUCUAAAUAUACAUACGAAACGUAUGCGAGAAUUCAAUAAGAUGAACGACGAUGUGGAUUGCAAUGAGAUUGCGGCGUUAACCAAGAACUUUAGUGGUGCUGAGCUGGAGGGUUUGAUCCGUGCCGCCCAAUCGAGUGCCAUGAAUCGUUUGAUCAAGGCCGAUGCCAAGGUCACCGUCGACCCGGAGGCCAUGGAGAAGCUCAAGGUGAAUCGCGAUGAUUUCCUGCAUUCGCUGGAGAAUGAUAUUAAGCCGGCAUUUGGCACCGCUCAGGAGCAACUUGAUAAUAUGCUGGCACGUGGCGUUAUCAAUUGGGGCUUACCGGUUGCCAAUGUCCUUGAGGAUGGCAUGCUCUAUGUGCAACAGGCCAAGGCAGCGGAAUCCAGUGGCCUAGUCUCUCUAUUGAUUGCCGGUGCACCCAAUUCGGGCAAGACAGCAUUGGCCGCCAAAUUGGCCAAAAUGUCGGACUUUCCGUUCGUCAAGGUCUGUUCGCCCGAGGACAUGGUUGGCUACACCGAAUCGGCCAAGUGUCUGCAUAUCCGUAAGAUCUUCGAUGAUGCCUAUCGCUCCGUGCUCAGCUGCAUUGUCGUUGACAAUGUUGAGCGUCUGCUGGACUAUGGACCCAUUGGUCCCAGGUACUCCAAUCUCACACUGCAGGCUCUCCUGGUGCUGCUGAAGAAGCAACCUCCCAAGGGACGUAAACUCCUUAUACUCUGCACCUCGAGCAGACGUGAAGUUUUGGAGGAAAUGGAAAUGUUGUCGGCCUUCACAUCGGUGCUACAUGUUCCAAAUCUCUCCAGUCCUGAUCACAUUGUUGCUGUGCUCGAGCAAACGGACAUCUUUAGCAAGGGUGAAAUUCAAGCCAUUGGCAAGAAGAUGUCGGGCAAACGCGUCUUCAUUGGCGUUAAGAAACUGUUGGAUCUAAUUGAUAUGGCAAGACAGACGGAACCUUCAAACCGUGCCAUCAAGUUUCUAUCCAAGAUGGAGGAGGAGGGCGGACUGGAUAUGGUGGCACGCUAGAAUAAGAAGGAGAAAGAGAAAUAGCCGAUGAAGCGAAAGCAGAGCGUAUUCCAUAUAUUUCAUAAAUAGAGCAAAUUGUAUGCAAUCUCAAUUACUAGCUUCUAAGUGAAGAGCACGAGAAAUGUUAUCGUAUAUAUAUAUAUACAAACAUAUAUAUUUAUAUAUACACUAUAUAUAUUCCGAGUUAAAUAAUCAAAUAAUCCCCCAAUAAUCGAUUAAUAGACGCGUUAACUGCUUGGCAUCAAUUCUUGAUUGUUCCAUUCCCAUUACGUUCCUAACCUCAAACACACAAACACACACACACACAAGUCCCAAUAAUAUUUCCAUAGUGUUUUCCCUGUGCUAGAGGCGAGAGCACGUGCGAUCUCGAGAAUCGACAGAAAUGUGAGACCUUGUGACCUGAUUUGGCAUUGCGGCUGGAUAUACCACAUAAACAAAUAUAUCUAUAACAUAUACAGAUUUGUUUCGAUUUCCAAUAUCGAUUCAAAUGGGUAUUACAAAUCGGAACAUUGCUGUUUAGUACAAAAAAAAAAAAAAGCUCGUAUAUAAAAUAUUGAAAUCAAUCAAAUACUAAUCGACUACGAUACCGAUAAACGAUAGCAACUAUAAAAAAAAUAUGCAUUUCAAGCUGCAUUGUAUUUGUUAAUGAAAGCAAUACAAUCUUGUAUUUUUUCGUCGUCGUCGUCUUGUUAAAAAAAAAA